AUGUCGACCCCGGCGGUGUCGAAGGGGUUCCCCAUCGGCCUGCGGGUUCUCGUAGUCGACGACGACCCGCUGUGCCUGAAGAUUGUCGAGAAGAUGCUCAAGCGAUGCCAGUACGAAGUCACCACCUUCUCGCGCGGUGCCGAGGCGCUGAAGACCCUGCGCGAGCGCAAAGACGACUUUGACAUCGUGCUCUCCGACGUGCACAUGCCGGACAUGGAUGGCUUCAAGCUCUUGGAGCACAUCGCGCUCGAGCUCGACAUACCAGUCAUGAUGAUGUCCGCGAACUGCGCCACCGACGUGGUCCUCCGCGGUAUCAUCCACGGCGCCGUGGACUACCUCCUCAAGCCCGUGCGCAUCGAGGAGCUCCGCAACAUCUGGCAGCACGUCGUUCGCCGCAAGCGCGAGAGCUCGCAGGGGAACCUGCGCUCGGGCGAGGGCGGCAGCAACGGGCGGACGGUGAGCGGCGGCAGCACCGGCGAGGGCGGCGGCAAGGACAGCAAGGGCUCCUCCGAGCAACAUGGCGAUGCGAAGGACAAGACCGGCAGCGCGGGGGGCAGCGGCGGCAGCUCCAAGCGCAAGAAGGGGAGCGGCAAGAAGGGCGACGAGGGCACUGACGAGGUCAAGGAUGGCAGCGGCGGGGAUGAGAACGAGGACAGCAGCGCGCUCAAGAAGCCGCGCGUGGUGUGGAGCGCGGAGUUGCAUCAGCAAUUUGUGACCGCCGUCAACCAGCUCGGCAUCGACAAGGCUGUGCCCAAGCGCAUCCUCGACCUCAUGGGCGUCCAGGGUUUGACCCGCGAGAAUGUUGCGAGCCAUCUGCAAAAGUAUCGCCUCUACCUCAAGCGCCUGCAGGGCGUCAACAGCGGCGGCGCGCCCGGGGGUGGGCCUGGGUUCAUGUCUCCGAUCGCUCUCGACGGUUCCAUGGUGCAGGGCGGGCCCGGCGGCAGGGUCGGUUCCCCCGCGAUCGGUGGACCCAACGGACCCAUCAUGGUCGGCCACGGCCACAUCGACCCCGCCAUGUUGGCCGGCGGCGCGCCGCAGACGAUCCAGAUGGGGAUGGUCUACGGCGGCCCCGGGAUGGGCCCGCCACAGAUGAUGGCGCCCAACGGAAAGGGCGGCGGUGGAAUGCCGGGCGGGUACGUGAUGCAGCCCGGGCAGAUGAUGGCUCCCAACGGGCAGAUGAUGCCCGUCGGGCAAAUGGGCCCGGGGGGUAUGAUGGUGCAGGGCCCGGGUGGCGGCAUGAUGCAGAUGCACGACGGCGGCAUGAUGAACGGCAACGGGAGCUACGGCAGCUUGCAAAAUAUGAAGCAGGGUAACGGCGUGGUCAUGAUGCCGAACGGCGGGAUGGGGGGCGUUGACGGCGCGAUCCCCAACAUGGCCACCGGACUCAUCAACGGGCAAGGACUCCCAGACGACGACGUGCUCGACAUGUUCCUCAAGGAUGGCCUGCCCGAGGGCGAGGGCUUUUGAGGGGUGAUCGCACGUCCGGGCGCAAGAAACAAAAAGCAGCAAAAAAACAAGUCCUGAAAGUUUGGUUGCAUUGAACAUUAAUACGAUCGGCAGGGGACGAGAGGGUGAACUAAUUCGGGUUCCUCCGGCGCCGGCCUGGGAUCGAGAUUCUUUAUGUGGAUGGGGCUUGGACUGAACGCCUGACCACCACAUUCUACCUAGCAGCGAUAGCGACACCGCACACCACAGGGUCCGCUUGUAAAACUAGCCAGCUAACAUAAAA